GGGAAAAGGAACCAGGUUGAAGUGGUUCCCGAAGACGACGAAAGCGUCUUGGAUCCGUUGUUGAACGCCCCAUGUUUUGGUUGUAAAAACAACGACAGCGCAAGCACAGACGACCCAAGCUCUCGAGGCCAUCAGCCACCAUCCGCGAUGUUGUAUCGCGGAUACGACCAAUGA